AUGACAGCUGGCAUUGUCGUCCUGGAAGUAACAAGGGUCCACCCCGUAAAACUGACACAACGUAGGAAGCACAUUGUCAUCCAAAAUAGUGCGGCAGUAGGCAUCGGCGUUGAGCUUACCAUGAAUGGGGACCAAGGGUCCCAAUCCAUACCAGGAGAAACACCCCCAGACUAUAAUUCUACCUCCGCCGAACAGAAAGUUAUCAUCUCAGCAAAGAAAAGACUAACAUCAACAAAAUCCAGUUCAUGUGGAGAUAAAACUAACACGAAUAAACUAGAUGGUUUGCCAACUCGAGAGCAUGCCACGUAUAAUUGUCCGUGUGAAAAACAUGGUGUGGAAGACAAGUUACUGGUCAGACUGGAAGAACACGAGCCCGAACAAGCCCAGUCACAAGAUGAGGAGUGUGCCAUAUGUAUCAGUGCCAAAGCUACGAUGCAAACCUUUCCAUGUGGUCAUAAAGUAGUGUGCCGCCGAUGUUUCGUCAAAACCAUCCAGAUGGCAGUCUCUCAGCGUCUGUUGCCACUCCGCUGCGUCAUGUGCCGUGCCAAGAUUCUCAAACUCAAACAACUCACCUCAAAUCACAAACACGGUGUCACACUCCGAGAAGAGUUCCCCACCUCUGCAAGGGUUCUCAAUUCCCCGUGUUCCAAAAUCCAAGGAAACGUCUACCGCACCCUCAACCGACCCGUUCGCAAAUUGUACAUAGACAGUCCUGACAUUUUAAACCAAUUAGCCUCACAUAGCAGGCCCAUUUCGAGCCCACGUGUUCUUUUGGCCAUUCCAGAAGGUGAGGAACUGGAGUUGGUGAAUAGCGUUCAAGAACGCUGCCCUGAAGAGUGGCCUGCUGAUCCCCUUAAAGUUGCCAAAGAUCCAUUGGUUGUGAAGUGGCUGUCCAGAUUUCGCCAAUUCAAACCACCUUCCAUUAUAAAAGGCAUCAAAAACAGAUGGAGAAAAUAAUGAUAUCGGUUGGAGGCGCUUAUCAUUCCUGAAACAUUUAAAGCAACGAAUAGGUUUUGAAAAACACUCUUUUUUCUUCGAGCUUAAAUAAGUUAGUUUUUAAUAUCAACUCUCGAAAUCUGAAUGCAAAUAUCUUUCUUCGAUCAUGUUUUUGGUGCUCCUUUUUUUUUUUUUUUUUUUUUUUUUUUUUUNUUUUUUUUUUUUUUUUUUUUUUUUUUUUUUUUUUUGCUUUGCGGGAACGAGAAGUAAUCCAACCUCAAUGAGAAUGACCAAAACUUCCACCGGUGAAUGUUGACAAUCACAUAGUCACUUUGGUAAAUGUUCCGAAAUACUAGGUCCAGUUAGGUGACACUUCCCAGUAUACAUUUGCCCGGUAUGCCCUACCUCAAUGUUUUUUAAGGUUCAGUGCCACAGCUCGGUAUACAUUUGCCCGGUGUACCCGACAUCAAUGUUUUUUUAAGAUCAAGUGUCAUUGUCCAGUAUGCAUUUAACCGGUACUCUGAACAGUGAUGUUACUUCUAAUCUAUCUUUAGCACAUGUUAAAAUAUCGAAUAAAUAUAAUAAUAUCGACGAAUAAAUUAAUAUAAAAUCGGAUAUAACAAAUAUUUUGGACGAUCACCAAAGCGACUAUGUGACUGUUGACAUUCACUGGUGAAAGUCGACAUUCAUGUUAACAUAUACAUCUUUCAUCGUGAACGGGAUCGGAAACCACGGCCUAAACUGCAUUUUUUUUUAUAUUGACUAUUUCAAAUGUUACCUGCAGUCCAGAUAGAAGUUAAUGAAAUAUAAUAACGGAAUGCGCAACGAAAAUUAAUAUUAUAGCAUUGAAUUAAUAUUAUUCACUUUAAAUAAUCAUAAAUUAUUCUUUUCUAUUUUUAACUAGUUGCUUAAGUCAAAUGAUUGAAAAUGCAUGAACGGUGAAUAAAGUUUGAGUCAUUAGUGUGUUUCUAAUCCUGUAAACUAAGAGUGUUUGUUUAAACAUAAUAAGGCAAUAAUAUCAAUACAGCAAAUAAUACUUUAUAAAUAAUGAAGUAAUAAUUAGAAGUGGAUGUGAUUUUUGUAUAAUUUCAGGAAUGAUAAGAUCUUACUUCAAAGUCUGGCUACCAAAUGGCAACCACAGUGACUUGAUGUUUGGCUAUUUCUUAUGACUUAUUUCUUAACUUUAACACUAAAAAAAAAACCUUUCAAUCUGUAAAAAUUUUAAAAGAAAUUUAAAGUUUUGAAGUGAUUUUAAACUCAUCAGAUUCGAACCAUUCGGAAAAAUAGUUUUCUUUAAGCCAUCUAAUGUCUAUUAUAAUUGUAAAAUAAUAAAGUAAGUCAAAAGGACUUAUUAUUAAUAAUUUGGUAUUAUUUAAUUGUACUGAAUAAAGUUUAAAGGGCAUAAAAUCAAUUUUCUCUCUCUGCAGUAUUGUACAGUGAGCAAA